AUGAUGCUAGUAGAGACUAAGUUGCAGCGUGAGGAUUGGAUGUAUGGAGCUACAGAAAACUCAAAUAGAGAGAAUGAGGAGAAGAAUUGGUGUCAGCUGUGGAAGGCAAGAGUCCCUGCCAAAUUGAAAGUAUUCGCUUGGAGAUUAGCAAGGGCAUAUUUUCCCACGGGUGAGGUCAGGAAGGAUCGUAAGAUGGCACAAUCAGCUGCAUGUCCUAUUUGCAACGCAGCGCUUGACUCCUGGAGACACGCAUUACUUGACUGUAAUUUGGCAAAGAGCGUUUGGGUGCUGCUUGAGGACGACGCUUCAAUCCCGGUGUUUGGGGAUGAAACAGAUGAUGCAAAGUUAUGGCUGUUUGGGUUAAGCGCGAGGCUGGACAACGCCAUGUUUGUGGAGGUCCUGGUCACCUUUUGGGUGAUAUGGUGGGCUCGGCGUGGAGUAAUUCAUGAGGGGGAAUUCCAAAGCCGAUGGUCCACAAACUUAUUCAUCAGGCGAUACAUUGAGGAGGUUGAAUACUGCAGCAAAGCAGCAUCACCAGCUCGCUCCAUUGCUACAACAAGGAGGGAGCCUGCAAGGUGGCUUCGGCCAGGUCCAGGCAUGGUGAAACUUAAUGCCGAUGGAGUUGUAGCUAAGACAACGAACAAGGGAGCGGUCGGAGUUGUCUGUAGGAAUGACGAGGGACUAUUUCUGGGCGCAUGGGCAGUGGGGCUAGCCGGUGUGACGGAGCCGGCAACGCUCGAAGCUCAUGCAUGCAGGGAGGCCAUGGCUCUAGUUGAGGACCUGCAUCUUAACAAGAUUAGUGUUGCAUUCGACUCUCUGAGAGUCGUGAAUGAACUUCAAGAAAGGGUUUAUCUGGGCCCUUAUGGAAUGAUCCUCAGAGAUAUUAUUGAUAGAGUUCCACACUUUCAAGAGUGUCCGUUUAGCUUCAAACAGUGUCCGUGUAAAUAG